AUGGAGAGGAGCGGCGCUGCCUUUCGUCAAACACUAGACCCCACGCACAACUUCCACAUCACACUGCUGGAUCAGAGGCAGAGGCUGCGUGGCCAAAUUGCUCACCUUCACAAGGCAGCUCGUAAACUCAGCAAGCUCCGCAAAAGGUCCCUGAUUGCCAAUGUCAGCGGGAGCACCCUGACUGCUGCGGGAGCAGUCACAGCCAUCGUGGGGCUGUCCCUCAGCCCGGCAACACUAGGAGCCUCUCUCCUGGCAUCAGCUGUGGGUCUGGGUCUGGCCACAGCCGGGGGGGCUGUCAGCAUCACCUCCGAUCUCUCCUUAGUGCUUUGCAAUUCCCGGGAGGUGAGGAAGGUGCAGGAAAUCGCUAUGACUUGUCGGAAACAGAUGAGGGAAAUCCUCGGCUGCCUGGAGUUCCUCCGCCGGGGGCAGAGCCCGGGGGACCCCACACUGCACCAGUCAGAGAAGAGAGCCUCCAUCUCACUGUACAACUCCGUCUGCUUCAUGGUCUUCUGCGGCUCCCACAGCUUUCUCGUGCCAGAGUACACAAAGGAGGUCACAAAAGUGAGCCAGGCAGUGCUGAAGGCCAAAAUCCAGAAGCUGGCUGCCAACCUUGAGACCUGCACUAGGGCGAUGGAUGAAGUCUGUGAACUUCUUGAGUCCAGGACAGAGCUUUCCCCACACACUAGGAGACCCAACUUGGGUGAUAAAAUGACUGCUGAGAUCCUAAGACCAUCCAGCUGA